UUACACACCAGCGCCCACCCCAACCAUCGUGAGUCGACCCACACACGAACCACGCUCGCUGGGGGAAGGAGAAGGGGGGAAAAAGAAGGGGAGAGGGAGAAAGAGAACGGAAAAGUUAGGGGGGGAGAGAGACGACCCUGCGGCCGCGACGUCAAACUCGAAGCACGUCGGGGGGAGGCGCGCGGGGGAAGUAAAUGUACCAGGCGAUCCCCUACAGCAGCGCCCGGCCGUGGCUCAUGCCGGCGGCCGAGGCGGGCGCCGUCUCCGUGAAGCCGGAGCCGCCGGCGGCGGCGACCCCCGGCGCGGAGGAGCCCGCCCGGCCCGACGACGCCGCGGCGGGGGACGACGGCGGCCGGGCGGAGGUCGAGAGGGCCGUGGCCGAGAGCCCGGUGCUGGUGGUGGGGCGGCGCGGGUGCUGCCUGAGCCACGUCGUGAAGCGGCUGCUGCAGGGGCUCGGGGUGAACCCGGCCGUGCACGAGGUCGCCGACGAGGCCGCGCUCGCCGGGGUCGCCCCGGCCGGCGGCGCCGAGGCCGCCGCGCUGCCCGCGGUGUUCGUCGGCGGGAAGCUCCUGGGCGGGCUGGACCGGCUCAUGGCCGUCCACAUCUCCGGCGAGCUCGUGCCCAUCCUCAAGAAGGCCGGCGCCCUCUGGCUCUAAUUUAUUCAACCAGGCGCGUGUUUCUUUCUGCCUUCCAGUUUCACACAGAAAAAAGGCCGCCGUUGGAUCGAGUAUUAAACCUCACACCGCGGCGGAUGAUGAAGCGCUGCGCUAGGACUUUGUUCGAUUUUCUUGAUUUAGGGGGGAAGCAAGAAAGCAAAUGAUAAUUCCUAAUUUACAUAAUUUUAUCCAGUAAUAGCUUGUUUGGUAGCGUGUGUGAUGCGUGCUCGCUUCUUCCAUCCAUCAUGUGAAUACGGAAGGGAAGACGAGCGAGGCGGAGAGAGAGGGACAUUUGCCGCAUCUGUACAGUCGUUUCCGUUUCAGAUUUUAAUGAAGAUGAGCUGUCCGGUUUCCCAUUUC